AUGGCUGAGAUGGAGGACAAACCCUCCGAGGAGGUGAUCAAGCAGGUGUGUGCCACUUUGCGGCAGUGGUCGCUGGAGGGUCCCCCACGGAACCCGCGGCGCACAGCGGGCGAACUCGCGGUGUCCCUGGAGGCUGCGCUCAGCCCUGCGCAAGAACCAUCGCAGAAGGAGGAAGAGGCGCAGACAGACCCAGAAGUGAACGAGGCAGCUGAGUUACGACGGCUCCUGGGGGAGCUGCGGCUGGAAUACGAGGACCUCAGUACUGAGAGCCGCGAGCGAUCGGCCGAGCUGUUGGUGGCUGAGAAGGCCAAGGCUGAGCUGGAGGAGAAGUUCCAUGAUGCGUCGCGGAGAGAGGAGCAGCUGAGGGCCAGCUGCGACGCCUCCAUGGCAUCCUCUGAGGCGGAGCAGCUCGAGGUGUCUCAGCUCCGCCGUCGCGUGGCGGCUUUGUCCGCCCACUUGAGUUCAGUGCUGUCCCCUGUCAGCGCAGCUUGUCGCAUUCGCCCCUUGAGCAGUUACAAGGACUCUGAUCUGGGGACGCGGACCUUGUCCGUCGAUGGCCCUGAGAUCACGGUGGAGGACGCCAUGGGACGAUUACGAAAGUUCAAGAUCGACCGCGUCCUGGAUGAUGCGCCGCAAGAGGACUUGUUUCUCGCUGCAGCUCCUUGGGUCGAGCAUGCUGCCCUUGGCGGCUCCUCCUGCGUCUUCGCCUAUGGCGCCACCGGGUCUGGGAAGACGCACAGCAUCCUGGGAGAAGGCGACGAGACCAGACCUGGACUCGCACACCACGCCAUCCGCCGCCUCAUCGAGGGGCAGAACUGCGGGGAGGUCCGCAUCUCGAUGCUCGAGGUCUACUGCGAGCAGAUUCGGGAUCUGCUGGCUUCCUGUGAGGGCGGUGCUCAGCCAACUUUGGCAUGCAGCAGACGGGACGGUCAAGGAAAGAUGAUGCUGGACUACGUGGAGGUCACACUUGGGGAGGCUGGCGUCUAG